CAGUUGUGAGUAAUAGAGAAGAGGUGUGAUAUUUAGGAGAAUGGAAAAAGCUAAUCUUAUUUAGUUCACAUUGUCUUUUCACUACAGACACAGUCUAAUUAUAUUGUCUCGGCAGAAUGAAGGUUUUGCUUGUUGUCAGCGCUCUUGUGGCUCUGGCCACUGCGGCCAGAAUCUCUUUGGAGGACCUGGAAUUUCAUGCCUGGAAACUGGAAUUUGAAUACAUGGCUAGAAAAUCGCAAGCUGGUUUUGGUACACAACAUGCUGGCUGACCAGUGCAUUAUGAGCUACAGACUUGGCAUGACCUACUUUGCAGACAUGAACAACCAGGAAUACAGACAGUCUGCUUUUAAGGGCUGCCUGGGAGCCUUCAACAAGACCAAGAAACACAGUGCAGUAACAUUCCUCCGACAGGCAGGAGGAGCUGUUCUGCCAGAUACUGUUGACUGGAGGAACUAUGGCUAUGUGACUGAGGUUAAAAACCAGUUGCAUUGUGGUUCUUGCUGGACCUUCAGUGCGACGGGGGCACUGGAGGGUCAGACAGUCAGGAAAACUGCAAAACUGGUGUCACUCAGCGAGCAGCAGCUAGUAGACUGCUCUUGGAAUUUUGGUAACAUGGGCUGUAAUGGAGGCUGGAUGGACUGGGCCUUUGAAUAUGUAACUGAAAAUGGUGGAUUGGACACAGAAGACUCCUACACCUAUGAAGCUCAUGAUGGAUCUUGCAGAUAUAAUCCGGACACUGUUGGAGCCACCUGUACUGGCUUUGUGGACAUAAACAGUGGAGAUGAGAAUGCUUUGCAGGAAGCCGUGGCCACCAUCGGACCCAUUUCUGUCGCCAUAGAUGCAGGCCACAUGUCCUUCCAGCUCUAUGAAUCAGGUGUCUAUGAUGAACCUGACUGUAGCAGCACCGAGCUGGAUCAUGGCGUCCUGGCUGUUGGUUAUGGGACUGAUAAUGGACAAGAUUACUGGCUGGUCAAGAACAGCUGGGGCCUUCAGUGGGGACAUACCGGCUAUAUCAAGAUGUCAAGGAACAAGAAUAACCAAUGUGGCAUUGCCACAAAAUCCAGCUAUCCUCUGGUUUAAAGGUGUGAACAAUAAAGGUUACUAACUAUGAGACAUGUAUCAGAAACUUUGAUUUCCCCUGUCAUUACCUCAUUGUUAAAGAUGUCUUUUAUAUCAAAGGACAUCUUUAAUAAGAAAAUUAUCAGAAAUGAUGAUAAAGUUCUUAUCGUGUUUAAUAUGACUGAGUGUGAUUUAAUGUGAUUUGAAAUGAUCAACGUUCCCGCAACCAUUUUACCUGAAUAUAUUCAUUACUGUGAAAUAUUUGAUAUUUCAAAUAUUUGAAAUAUACUACACUGCUUAGCUGACAGACAAACACAAUCUACUUAAAUUAAACAUCGGAAGUAAAUUAUUAAUUAAACAAAUGCAUUACGAUAAAUCAUUACAAUGUCUUUAAUGUGUUUAUGGCAUUAACAUGGAUGCUAGUUCUGUGUAUAUACCACAUUUUGUGUAUUUGCUCAUUAUUUUCCAUAAAAAUGUAUACACUCAAUCCUC